UGUGCAACACUGCGUUUCUGCUGCCCCCUUUUGGCUGUUGUUUCGUGUGUUGACCAAUAAAUUUUUCGCAUAUUUUUCCAACUCUUCAAUAACCGAACCGCAAAAAGCGCCAACACAAACCGUCGUCGGCCAUUUAAACGAAUAUUGAUUGAGUUUUUGGCCAAGUUAAGUGCAUAAGUCGCAGGAGCAGAAGCAGGAUCUCGACCAGAUCGCCAGGAAGCGACAUUUGCAUUGGAGCGGUUCAAGUGAAAGCGAGAGAGCGACAGAGAUAGACAGACAAGGACAAGGAAAGCGAGAGAGUGAUAUAGCAAGAGAAAUCCUUUCCAGAAAUCGAAAAUCCCUGGAAAAGCAGCUACUUCUUAAUUUGCUUCGUCUUUGUUUUGUGCAACGUUGUGUAAACAAGCGGUAAAACCUACAGCAUCCAAAUCCAAGUCAGCAUACAGGUCCAAAAGACACAUCCACAUCAAGAACACUUAUAUCCACAUAGCUUGUGGGUGCACUUUUCCAGUUGGCCAAUCUUAACCAGCAAUUAAAAAUGGCCGCUGCCGCUGCGAGCGCAGUGAAUGCAGUGAACGACUGCUUCAGCAUUGGAUCCACAGUCGUCUGCACGACCUGUUUCAACGACGAUGUAGAGGGAGAAGUACUUGCCUUCGAUCACAACACAAAGAUGCUUAUCCUGAAAUGCCGAUCCAAGACCUCAGAGGAGCUAAGUGAUAUAUAUGCUUUGAACCUCUCGCUGUGCAGCAACGUUCAGGUGGUCAAGGAGUGCAAUGGAAACUUUGACGAUCCGCAAAAGCUUAACCUAGAACAGGUGAAAAUGCGACUGCGGAAAACAGUAGAGCGAAGGCAGGACUACUUGAAGUCCAAGAACGCGGAUGUCAGUCCAGAGGCACAGGAGCUUUAUAGAGCGAUAGCCAAACAAUACGGAUACAAUGAAGUCUCCUGGCAAGGACUCAACAUACAAAUACUAAAUGAAGUCACCAUCUCGCCGCCGUACCAAGUGGACAACGUGGUAUCCAGCUCGAACAACGAAACUUCAUGCAACUACAUUAAGCGCAUCAUCAAACAGUUCUUCAACACACGGCCAUCACCGGUUCCAGAAAGCGGAGCUGCGGCUAGCACCUCGUCACCCUCGGUGUCUCCCACGUCCUCAUCUCUAGCAUCUGGAUCGCCGGUUCCCGCAAACUAAUAAUAAAGAGAUAAACAAAACAAAAAAAAAAACACAAACAAAACAACACAAAAACAAUAACAAAAAACACAAAUGUGCUUCAAAAAGGA